AACUGUGGGCACGGGAGUGUCGAGGAAGGGGGAGCGCAGAGGGAUGGGGCGCGGCGCGCAAGAAGCUUUUAGUAUGCGCUGCAAUACCCAACUGCAGCCCACGCAUCCCAACUAUGGUGAAUUAUGGUGAAAUAUGAGAGACACGGGUAGAACCGGCAGCGCAAAAACAGUUAGUCGUGAUGAGAUGACACAGCCGCCGGACAGAUUAGUCGAACAAAGGAAGGAGGACAUGUAUGAAGGAAUAGACGAACAACCUCAAGGCGCCUUUUAAGAAGAGACAAACUGGAUAAAAAUACGCGCGUCUGCGCACCAAGAGAACCGCGGUGAAUUCCUGCAUGCCACUAGCCUAUCUGAAAUAAUGCUGUAGUCCGACAGAUAAUGCUAUGCUGCUUUGUUUAGUGCAUGGAGGCUGUUGUGGCUGUCCACGAUCCACACAGGAUAGGGCUGCAAAUGGCUUGAGCAUGUCUGACACCUGCCCCUCCAAACUAACUCGCGCUUGCCAAUCAACAACAUUUCCAUUUAGUGUUUGAGCAUCCCCGUGCAUGAACUUGGCUGCUUUGUCUUAAACAGAUGAAACAGUUUUCCUCCUAUCAAAGACGCCAUCGGAGAACCGCGUUAUUUCAUGGAAUUUGUUGUGAACAUAAGCCUCCGUUUGUUAUUAAUGUGCACCACUGGUGUAUUCCUAUGGAUAUUUCCCAUGAGGAAAAAAAAAAUAUUUAGGAAUUUACGCGAAGGUGAAUUAGACGAUAAUAAUUCACUAUUUCACACUUAAAUGUGCGAAACCCAUCAGGCGAUGGGAACCUGUUUGCGGAUCAAACAGGUGAUUUCGCCUCAGAUAAAAUCUGCUGAAGCAUGGGAGCUCACGAGUAGAAACACUGUUAGCAGCGCCGCCGGCAGCCUCCCUUCCUCAGUAAAUCCCUGCAGAUACCAGGCUACAAGACCACCUUUGCUUGUUGUUACUGGCACCGGCAUAUUGUCAUAUUGUCAAUUUUUGCAGCUGUCAGCAUUUUUAAGAUUUGCGUUCACAAAAAAAAAAAAAAAAAAAAAUCACUUUUCCCACCGACGCACUCAGCCAGCUUCAACCUGUAGAGUAGCCGCAUCACAACAUGUAUCUGCUGGUCACUGAGAUGAGGGAGGUAACUCCUGCAUCCUCACACCUUGUCCCCUCUCACACUCCCACUGCCGCCUUGCUGCAGAGCCGGAGCUUCGGGUGAUAUAUGACUGACAGCCAGGAGCUGCUUUGGCUGCGGGGACUGAUUUUGAACCGGACACUUCUGCUGGGCCCUUUACGCACUGCCACUAGAGGACACGCUGUAAACAAGCCAUACAAGUGCCAGUGCGAAUAGGCAGAGUUGCCUGUACCGGAACCCACACGAGUGUGGAGCGUUAUCUCCUUGUGGCCCAACGUGGCCCCACCCUGUCUGAAAGCUGCAGGUCCCGUCUACUUCCGCCAUGACGGUUGCUACCAGCGACCCUGCGGAUGAAGCAGCAGCACAUCCAGGUCAGCCUCACGAUCAUUAUGACCCAGAGCCGGAUCACGAGUGCUGCGAGAGGGUCGUCAUUAACAUCUCAGGCUUGCGUUUUGAGACACAGCUGAAGACACUCUCUCAGUUCCCAGAGACGCUACUGGGUGAUCCUAAGAAACGAAUGAGGUAUUUUGAUCCUCUCCGGAACGAGUACUUUUUUGACAGGAAUCGACCAAGUUUUGAUGCCAUUCUGUAUUAUUAUCAAUCCGGAGGGAGGCUGCGUCGACCAGUUAACGUGACCUUGGACAUUUUUUCAGAGGAGAUACGGUUUUAUGAACUGGGUGAGGAGGCCAUGGAAAUCUUCAGAGAGGAUGAAGGUUUCAUAAAGGAAGAGGAACGGCCUCUGCCAGAGAAUGAAUUUCAGAGACAAGUGUGGCUUCUGUUUGAAUACCCAGAGAGCUCGGGUCCGGCUCGCAUCAUUGCCAUCAUCUCUGUCAUGGUGAUUCUUAUCUCUAUUGUCAGCUUCUGUCUGGAGACACUGCCAGUUUUUCGAAAUGAAGACGAGGAGAACUAUUACCCAUUCCAGUCUACGUCCAACACCACGUCUACCUUUGACAGCUCACCAUAUUUUACAGACCCUUUCUUCAUUGUGGAGACUCUCUGCAUCAUCUGGUUCUCUUUUGAAUUCCUAGUUAGGUUCUUUGCCUGUCCCAGCAAAGCUGGAUUCUUUGGCAACAUCAUGAACAUCAUUGACAUUGUGGCAAUCAUCCCUUACUUCAUCACCUUGGGCACAGAGCUGGCAGAGAGGCCAGAAGACAGCCAGGCAGGUCAGCAGGCUAUGUCUUUGGCUAUUCUCCGUGUCAUUCGCCUAGUGAGGGUGUUUCGUAUCUUCAAACUCUCGCGUCACUCCAAGGGGCUUCAGAUCUUAGGACAGACUCUAAAGGCCAGUAUGCGGGAGCUGGGUCUCCUCAUCUUCUUCCUGUUCAUUGGCGUUAUCCUCUUCUCUAGUGCUGUCUACUUUGCAGAAGCAGACGAGCCACAAUCACAGUUCAGCAGCAUUCCCGAGGCCUUUUGGUGGGCAGUGGUUUCUAUGACCACCGUAGGCUAUGGAGACAUGGUCCCAACAACUAUUGGAGGAAAGAUUGUUGGGUCUCUCUGUGCAAUUGCUGGUGUGCUAACUAUUGCCCUGCCCGUGCCUGUCAUUGUGUCAAACUUCAACUACUUCUACCACAGAGAAACAGAGGGUGAGGAACAGGCACAGUAUCUGAAUAUCCCUAGUGUGCCUAAAGCCAGCUCAGCUGAGGAUCUGAAGAAAAGCGGUCGAAGUGGCAGUGGAUCUACUCUCAGUAAGUCUGACUAUGUGGAGAUUCAGGAGGCCGUGAACCACAGCACUGAGGACUUCAGGCCAGAGACCAUGAAAACAGGAAACUGCACCCUGGCAAACACUAACUAUGUAAACAUCACUAAGAUGCGUACAGAUGUAUAAUAUGAGCUAUGCCAUGAACAUCUGCCGAGAUCUACAGACACUGUAGCAAGAGGAGUAAGUUGCGACUCCCUGUACUAACGAGUAUGUGGCGCCCAGUGUGGGAGUACAGUGCAGAGGGGUGAGAUUAACUUAGAGAAAGAGUCAAUAAAGAGGACCUUAUGUUCUCCCACGUAAUAUAGACUUACCAGUGCAUAUCAUAGAACUGCCAACCAUCUUAUUUAGGACAUUGUUAGUGUCUGCAUGGAGUUAACCUGUGUGACGAUAGUUGUCCUGCUUGCAUCAGUAGCCAAAAUAGUAGCCUAACCAGUAAUUAUCAAUAUUAACAACAUAGAGGGACCACUAGUUUCAAACUUCCUGCUCAAGCUGCUGCAGAGAAGAUGAACAGUAACUAAUUAAACCAUCAAAACUUUUGAAAAUGUAACUUAUUUACUUGUGAUUAAAAACAGGCCAUAUUUUUAGCAUUAGCGUGCAACUUAAGCGCGCUGCUCUAACUGCCAAGGUCCUGACUCAGAGACAGAAAACAAAAAAAGACCACAGCUGAUCGGUCAGGGUAACAACACAGAGUUGAGCAACUCAGAAAACAAGUAAUAUGCUUUUGGCCAAAUGGCUAUUUUUUGCUUUCUCUGUCAGAGAAGUCAUUUAGCAUUUGCCUCUUAGCCCUGACUAGAUCGCGUAUAGUACAAGACAGCAGACUCUGUCGAGAUCAACACCUAAAUGAAUGUGCUGUGAUGUAAUCGUAGAACACAACAGUACAACAUUCUUCUUUUCCUGCCAUUUCUUCUUGAUGAAGCUAAAGUGAAUUUACAGUAUGUAUAUAAUAUAUAAAUAACUGUGGAGCCUUUUACUCUCUGCAGACCAGUGCAGACUCGCAGGUGAACAAAAGAAACGUCUCUCGAAGCAGAGUGAAUGUCCUGUUAGUUUACUGAUGUGCAUUCAUUUGAUUCAUUGUGAUAGAUUUUUUUUUUAAGUACUAUAUGACAAGUGUGAAUUUCUCCUCUAUAUUUUUAUGGUUAAUAUAAUAUCAAAGAGAGAGAAUAUUUUCUUUGUAGUGUUCGGAGUGAGUGCCUAUUCAUCCAUCCUCUUAACUGUUACUGUACCUUUAAGUGUCUCUUUAGUAGCCGCUCGGGUCUGACACAUGCAAUGAGAAGGGUUUGGUUAGACCCCACUGCCCAGCAUCAGUGUUGCUGUUUUUGACUUCAUAGCAUUCCAUGUUUUUUAGUAAUAGACCAAAAAUGAGAUUCUAAUGGGUUUUAGUGAGGUUGUAUUUAUGUCAGCACAGCUUAGGAUGGCAGCAAAGUUAACUGGUCUGAUGUGCAAUUAAGUCUUUAAGGGUGUUAAACCUUAAAAAGAAAAAAAAAAGUUGGUUUUCAUAAUGCCUGCAACCCAAGAAUGAAUUUAUGGUUAACUAAAAUGAAUUUAUGUGACUUUUAAGUUAACCUGCUGGUUAAAAAGCAAUGUGAAUGUUUGGAAGCUUCCUACCAAUGCCGCUAAAAUUAACACAACAGACCGAAUCAAAAUUUUACUUUAUUAUUUUUUCCCAGUAUUUAACACUGCAUGCGAUACACCAAAAUUAGUGAAUUUUGCCUGCCUCUGGAUCAAGUUAAAAGUACCAAAUGAUAUAUUGCGGUAAUUUUGCUGACAUACUUAUCUACUAUGUGGUGCAACUUCAGGAGUUAUUCCAUCGGUCUGUUUUUGUUUCAACAAACAUAUUGUAUUCUGCUUUUGUAGAGCUGCAUGUUCUUUACAGUAGUCACUGUAGCAUUGCAUUAGUAUGAAUAAUAUUUAAAAAAGCAAACUGACUUGAUCAUAUUCGUAAGUCUUUAGAGGAACCAGCGCCCCGUCACCAUCAGCGUGGAGGACUUAGCCAGAGGGGGUUGCGUGUGCUUGACGUGUGUACUUGUGUAACUGUCUCUAGUGUGAGGAGGACUGCAGACGUAACGGCAGGUUAAACAUAAGAAGAAAUGGGAGGUUUGGCAGGGUUAGGAAACACAUCAUGUUGAGCUAGACUCCCAGUGCAGGAUCCCUAAAGCAGUUUGGAUGUUAACUAAUACUUCGCUACCUUCAGUUUUAUAGUCUACUGCAGUAACAGCCCAGUAACUGUGUCUCAUAAUGAAAGCACAACAACAACAACAGCUACAAUCUGCUGCCAGCCCAAUGGAUGCGCAGAGAUUCAUAGUUGGUCAGUGAGAGAUUUUGCUCAGCCAAGUGUAUCAUAAUGCUCCAAGGAACUGUCUGAGUGCCCUUAUCUCUGAUAUAUAGGUCCAUCAAACUCUGUGUUGUCUGUGCACGUGCGCAAGACAGACACGCACUGAGACAACAAGAUUGGGAGAGACAUGGAAAGCUUUUAGUAGCAGUUGUCUAUAACGUGGCUCUUUGUGAAUCCAGGCCUGAAUGACAAUAGUGCUCUGUGUGUUCUCUCCCAUCUUGGCGCAUUGUCGCAGCCUGUGCACUACAUGCAUUCAGCACAUGAAGACAGCGAACACAAAAUAAAAAUUAUAAAUAAUGUCCUGCUACACUCAUGAGAGAUGACAUCUGCAAGUUAUGAAAUAAACUCCAGCAUCGGCCACUUACUGUAAACUGAAGAGAGGGAAUGGGAGCAAGGAGAAGAAACGCUGGAAAGGAAAAUGUGGUAAUGAAAGAUAAGCCCUGCCCGCACCCUCCUGGGCGAUGUGUACAUGUAUUUCCCUAAACUGUUUUUUGUGGACUGGAACACCUAUGUAACUUAACGCUUGGCCCGGAUUGCUGUCUUGUCUGCUUGUGUCUGCUAAGCGCACAACUGAAGUGACACUCCGUCAGGACAAAAACACUCUCUUGGACGAACCAACAAGGCGGCACAUCAGGAUCUAAACCAUGGAAAAUCUUUGCUGGACUCCACGACACAAACAAGUGGACAUUAACACAUAUACAGGUGCGCUGGGUUUUGCUGAACACACACACAUUGCUGGUGUACACACACACACAAAUGCACACAGCCUAUGAACAGUGACCUUUACGGACACAUCAGGACAGACGCCUACCUGUGGCUUUAUCAAACUCCAAAGCUACAGAGGACUUCAACCUGCUGCUGUUGGGUUUACACACCAUGUAGCCAUGUACAUGUAUACAGCUGCUUUCAAUGAUGUCUUAAAAUGCCUAUAGCUUCAGCUUUAAAAACAAGCUUCUGCCAUGUGUAGAUUCCUGUGUAGCAGGGGAUCGAGGUGUAUGCUUGCUCAGUUAAUCAAUGAAACUAAAGUUGUGUAGUAGAUGAACUAUCUCUUAGGUUAUAGUACGCCACAGGGACAAAUAAGGGAUGUAUAUUAACAAUUCAUCAGUACAUAUAAUUUCUGUGAGAACCAUAACUUAUUUGUGUCAUCGGACACUGUAAAACUGAUCAGUUGUGUGUAUGUGUGUUUUCUUUUUUUGUUAGUUUUUUUUUAUAUAUAUAUACAUUUGAAUGUCGUCAUUGGUUUACCUUUGAGCCUCACACAGUGCAGGGACUGGGGUUUGACGAAAACACACACGCAGGCCUUGGUCAGAUAGACGCUGUCAUUAAUGUCUUAUUCCAUAUUUACCCCCGGACAAACACAGCCACUUUGCAUUCUUUGCCUUGUUCAGCAGUCACAGUACGUGCGGACAAAGUUUAGAUAAUCCUCAAAUAGCUUCUUGACUGCAUCACUGUCUCUUUUUAUGGUUGUCUGUGCUCAGCUAUCCGUAUUCUGAUUGUUCUUAUCUGUUAUUGUACAGAAAAGACUGAACCAAGAUGCAAACUGUAUAUCGCACAAGGGAAAUAUGGAUCUUAAUGCUUGCUAUGCCCUUCACAAGGACAGCCCAUGAAUAUAAACUGAUCAGUAGAGAAUAUUUAUAGAGGGGUACCUUCAUUAAAUAUAAUGGCUGUAAAUGAUAUUAUGAAUAAUGAUGAUGAUCUUGAUGAGAAUAAUAACAUCUUUAUGAUAACCUCAA